ACCUGCGCGCGGCCAGCGGAGCUCCCCAAUUUGUUGGCGCUGCCCCCUCCCCUCGGGCCCGCGCGGGCGGCGUCUCGAAGGGGAGGACCCUGCGGCGCGGGUAAGAGGCGGCGGGAGCGCGCAGCUCCGGAAUUGCCGGCGCCGCCAGCCCCGCGGCCAACACUCGGCGCUCUCCGCACUCGGCCCGCGCGCCCCCCGCGCCCCCCGCGCCCCGCGCCCCCCGAGGCACCCCCGGAACGCGCGCGGCCCAGCCAGGCCGGCAGGCGCUUCGCAGGGAGGGGCGCAGCAGCGCGUGGCCCGCAGCCCCGGACCCCCGGACCCCGAGGCUGCGCGGGACCCGAGCGAGCAGCGGUGGAAGCCGAGCCCCGCGGCGGGCAGCAUGGGCCGGAGCCCGACGGCGGCGCCCGGCGCGGCCCUGCGGCGGUGGCUGCUGCUGGCGGCGGCGACCCUGUGCCUGGCCCGCGGCGCGCUGGCGGGUGUGAAGAAGUUGGAUGUGCCCUGCGGAGGGAGAGACUGCAGCGGCGGCUGCCAGUGCUACCCAGAGAAAGGAGGCCGGGGCCAGCCGGGACCCGUGGGCCCCCAGGGGUUCAGUGGGCCCCCCGGGCUGCAAGGAUUCCCCGGACUACAAGGUCGCAAAGGUGACAAGGGCGAGCGCGGCAUCCCGGGGAUCACCGGACCCAAAGGAGACGUGGGAGCCCGCGGCGUGUCUGGGUUUCCUGGGGCCGACGGGAUUCCCGGGCACCCGGGACAAGGCGGGCCCAGGGGAAGGCCCGGCUACGACGGCUGCAACGGGACCAGCGGCGACGCGGGGCCGCAGGGACCAUCCGGCUCGGGGGGCUUCCCCGGGUCCCCAGGGCCCCAAGGACCCAAAGGGCAGAAAGGCGAACCGUACGCACUGCCCGAAGAGGAACGCAGCAAGUACCGGGGCGAGAGCGGAGAGCCCGGAUUGGUUGGCUAUCAGGGGCCUCCUGGCCGCCCCGGACCCAUCGGCCCCAUGGGUCCCGUCGGAGCUCCGGGAAGACCGGGACCCCCCGGACCCCCUGGACCAAAAGGACAGCCAGGCAACAGAGGACUCGGUUUCUACGGCGAAAAGGGUGAAAAGGGCGACAUGGGCCGGCCGGGACCCAACGGCAUUCCGUCGGACGUCACCUUCAUCGGGACCCCGACCACCACGUACCACCCGGACCUGUACAAGGGCGAAAAGGGGAGCGAAGGAGAGCCGGGAGUUCCGGGCGUCUCCCUGAAGGGCGAGGAAGGAGUCAUGGGCUUCCCGGGAGCUCGGGGUCUCCCCGGCCUCCACGGAGAGAUCGGAUCUCAAGGACAGAAGGGAGGCAGGGGUGUGGACGGCUUCCAGGGCCCCAUCGGACCCAGAGGACCCAAGGGAGAACAAGGGGAACCAGGCCCCCCGGGACCGCCCGCCUACUCCCCGCACCCUUCCCUGGCCAAAGGCGCCAGAGGCGACCCAGGAUUCCCAGGGGCUCACGGAGAGCCGGGAUUCCGGGGCGAGCCGGGAGAGCCGGGCCCCGCGGGAGUCCCCGGGCCGUCCGCCGACCGCGAAGACGAGAGGAGAGGCCUGUCCGGCGAGAUGGGACCCAAAGGCUUCGCCGGGGACCCGGGCCUCCCCGCCCGGUACCCCGGCCCACCCGGAGCGGACGGCAAACCUGGGCUCCCGGGAGCCCCCGGGCCCGCGGGACCCCCCGGACCGGACGGUUACCUGUUCGGCCGUAAAGGAUCGGGAGGAAGAGUGGGCCGUCCCGGGCCCCCCGGAUUCCCCGGGACUCGAGGGCAGAAGGGGUGGAAAGGCGACUCUGGGGACUGCAAGUGUGACGACGGCUUCGUCAGGGGCCUCCCGGGACGGCCAGGCCCCAAGGGCUUUCCGGGCACCAACGGGCAGCCGGGGAGGAAAGGAGAGCCGGGCGACCCCGGGCAGCACGGCAUCCCGGGGUUCCCGGGGUUCAAGGGAGCCCCCGGCCCGGCUGGCUUUCCCGGCCCCAAGGGGAUCAAAGGAGACUCGAGGACCCUCACCACCAAAGGCGAGCGGGGACAGCCAGGCGUCCCCGGCGUGCACGGAAUGAAGGGGGACGACGGCGUCCCGGGUCGCGACGGGCUCGACGGGUUCCCGGGCCUCCCGGGCCCCCCUGGCGAUGGCGUCCAGGGCCCUCGGGGCGACGCAGGCCGCCCGGGCGUACCCGGAGCCAAGGGCUUUCCAGGAGAAGUGGGGCCCCCAGGCCUGGGCUUGCCGGGCCCAAAGGGCCAGUCUGGCUUCCCAGGAGACGCAGGACUGCCGGGACCCCCAGGUCUUCAGGGGCCCCCCGGCCCCCCCGGAACUCCGGGACAGAUAGAUUGUGACACCGACGUGAAGAGACCCCUCGGCGGAGACGGGCAGGACGCCAUUCACCCAGAUUGCGUUGGAGGACGCCCAGGAUCACCUGGCCUGCCAGGCCCCCCCGGCCCCACAGGUGUGAAAGGCCUCCGAGGGACACCGGGACUCUCGGGAGAGGACGGAGCCCCGGGACUCAAGGGCUUCCCCGGAGAGCCGGGCCGCGAAGGCUUCCCCGGGCCCCCCGGGUUCAUGGGACCCCGAGGAUCCAAAGGGGCCGCGGGCCUGCCAGGCCCCGAGGGACUCCCGGGCCCCGUCGGCCGGCCGGGCCCCGCGGGGCCUCCUGGAGACAGGGGCCUUCCGGGAGAAGUCCUGGGGGCCCAGCCCGGGCCUCGGGGAGACGCAGGGCUGCCGGGACACCCCGGGCUGAAAGGCCCGCCGGGAGACACCGGCCCGCCCGGAUUCAGAGGAAGCCAAGGGAUGCCCGGGAUGCCGGGGCUCAAGGGCCAGCCGGGCCUCCCCGGGCCCUCGGGUCACCCGGGCCUGCCCGGACCCCCCGGACAGCACGGAUUCCCGGGAGCCCCGGGGCAAGGAGGGCCCUUGGGGCGGCCGGGCGCCCCAGGUUUUGGAGGCCUGCCCGGGGAGAGGGGGGACCCCGGCGACGCGGGCGCCCCCGGCCCCGUGGGCAUGAAAGGGCUCUCUGGAGACCGAGGCGAAGCGGGCUUCUUGGGCGAGCAAGGCCAUCGAGGGAACCCCGGACUUCAAGGAAUGGCUGGCGUGCCUGGUGUCCCUGGACAGAAAGGGGAUCGAGGCUCUCCCGGGAUGCACGGCUUCCAGGGCAUGACGGGACUCAAGGGAAGGCCCGGCUUCCCAGGCUCCAAAGGAGAGGCUGGGUUUUUCGGAACGCCUGGUCUGAAGGGCUUGCCGGGCCAGCCGGGUGUCAAAGGCAACCGAGGAGACCCCGGUCCCCCGGGACCGCCCCCCAUCAUCCUGCCAGGGAUGAAGGACAUCAAGGGGGAGAAAGGAGAUGAAGGGCCCAUGGGCCUGAAGGGGUACCUGGGCUUGAAAGGACUCCAAGGCAUGCCCGGGGUCCCGGGGCUGGCAGGAAUCCCAGGCCUUCCCGGGAGGCCGGGCCACGUCAAAGGAACCAAGGGCGACAUCGGAGUCCCAGGCAUCCCCGGGCUGCCGGGCUUCCCCGGCGUGUCUGGCCCCCCCGGAAUUGUGGGGUUCCCAGGGUUCACAGGAAGCAGGGGGGACAAGGGCGCUCCUGGCAGAGAAGGCCUGUACGGCGAGACCGGCCAAAGGGGGGACUUAGGUGAUAUCGGAGACACCAUCGACUUGCCGGGAAGCCCGGGUCUGAAAGGGGAACGGGGCCCCCCCGGUACGACAGGGGUGAAGGGAUUCUUCGGAGAGAAAGGGACGGAGGGCGACGUCGGCUUCCCCGGGAUAACGGGUGUGACUGGAGCCCAGGGGCCCCCCGGACCCAAAGGACAGACGGGCUUCCCGGGGCUCGUGGGGCCGCAGGGGCCGCAGGGGGACCCCGGGCGGGCCGGAGCGCCGGGGCAGAAAGGAGACUACGGCUGGCCGGGCAACCCGGGCUUGCCAGGGUUCCCGGGGUUCCGCGGCAUCGGAGGCUUACACGGCUUGCCAGGCACCAAAGGCUCCCCCGGGUCACCAGGUGCCGACAUCCACGGAGACCCCGGCUUCCCAGGCCCCGUGGGGAAUAAGGGUGAACCCGGAGAGGCCAACACCCUGCCGGGCCCAGCGGGGCCCCCGGGCCAGAAGGGACAGCAGGGAGCCCCAGGCGAGCGAGGCCCAGCUGGGAGCCCCGGCCUGCAGGGCUUCCCCGGCGUCGGCCCCCCAUCCAACAUCUCCGGGCUGCCGGGUGACGUGGGGGCGCCGGGCAUCUUUGGCCUGGAAGGUUACCGGGGCCCCCCCGGGCCCCCCGGGCCCGCGGCUCUGCCCGGGAGCAAAGGAGAGGACGGGAGGCCCGGCGCCUCCGGAAGCGCCGGGUCCAAAGGCUGGGUGGGGGACCCUGGGCCCCAGGGCCGCCCUGGGGUGUUCGGCGUCCCGGGAGAAAAAGGGCCCAAGGGGCAGCAAGGCCUGAUGGGCAGCGUCGGACCUUCCGGGCCCGUGGGUGACAGAGGCCCCAAGGGGCCCAAAGGAGACCAAGGAUUCCCGGGUGCCCCCGGCUCUGUGGGGGCCCCCGGCAUCGCGGGACAGCCCCCCAGGCUCGCCGUGCAGCCCGGAACAUCGGGCCCCCAGGGGAGGAGAGGCCCGCCCGGGGCUCAGGGAGAGAUGGGGCCCCAGGGGCCCCCCGGAGAGCCAGGCUUCCGGGGGACUCCAGGGAAGGCCGGACCGCAAGGAAGAGGCGGCGUGUCUGCCGUGCCCGGGUUCCGGGGAGACCAAGGGCCCAUGGGACACCAGGGCCCCGUCGGACAAGAGGGGGAGCCGGGCCGUCCGGGGAGCCCGGGCCUGCCCGGCAUGCCGGGGCGCAGCGUCAGCAUCGGCUACCUCCUGGUGAAGCACAGCCAGACGGACCAGGAGCCCAUGUGCCCCGUGGGCAUGAACAAGCUCUGGAGCGGCUACAGCCUGCUCUACUUCGAGGGCCAGGAGAAAGCUCACAACCAGGACCUAGGGCUGGCCGGCUCGUGCCUGGCGCGCUUCAGCACCAUGCCCUUCCUGUACUGCAACCCGGGCGACGUGUGCUACUACGCCAGCCGCAACGACAAGUCCUACUGGCUGUCCACCACCGCGCCGCUGCCCAUGAUGCCGGUGGCCGAGGAGGAGAUCCAGCCCUACAUCAGCCGCUGCUCCGUGUGCGAGGCCCCCGCCGUGGCCAUCGCCGUGCACAGCCAGGACGCGUCCAUCCCGCACUGCCCCGGCUGGCGCAGCCUGUGGAUCGGCUACUCCUUCCUCAUGCACACGGCCGCUGGGGACGAGGGCGGCGGGCAGUCGCUGGUGUCGCCGGGCAGCUGCCUGGAGGACUUCCGCGCCACGCCCUUCAUCGAGUGCAACGGCGCGCGCGGCACCUGCCACUACUUCGCCAACAAGUACAGCUUCUGGCUGACCACCAUCCCCGAGCGGAGCUUCCAGAGCGCGCCCGCGGCCGACACGCUCAAGGCCGGCCUCAUCCGCACGCACAUCAGCCGCUGCCAGGUGUGCAUGAAGAACCUGUGAGGCCGCCCGGGCCGCGCCGGGGGCACAUGGUGCUCAUUCUUAACUUAUUACCUCAGAGGCUUCCCCCCCCCCCGCACGC